AUGCCGAAGUGGCACGUGCUUUCGGCGGAUGCCGCGAACAUCCAAGCUGAAGCAGUCGUGAACUAUUGUUUAGUGGACAUAGACGCUGGUAGAUACCAGCGACAGAUGGAACACUUUGAAUACUACUGGGGGCUCGGAAAGGGCGAAUUAGCCCUUGACACCGAGCUGAAUCACAUUCAACUUCGGAAAGAUAUGGCAGACAAGUUGGAUUGUCAAGAAUGGGCGAUUAUGCCUACUCAAGAUACUCUCGAUGCGAUGAUUUCCCUCUCUAGAUACAAUGCAUCUCAGGACGUCAACGCGAGGAGGCACUACUCAGAGAUCCUCCCCGAAGUCGAGUAUGAGUACGAAUUUGUCCCCCUCUACGUCUGCCAACCCAUAUACGCCAAGACCGGGCGCUCGACAAGGACUUUCCGCCCGCCGUACGCACGCAUGCCGCGCCUAAAGUCGCGCGCCCAUCCUCUCUUCGUGAUAUUCAAGAUGGUAGAUGUUCUCAUCCUCUUCAUCUCCACAUCGGACUCCAAAGAGCGCGCGUACACCUGUUCGGCUAUCGACGUGGCUAAGUGCUGGGAGGCAACCCCGCCUCCCGAGUUCCUCAUCGGUUCUGAUGUGUGGCAAAGCCAUCGACAUCCUUUGAGCGACGAUGGAUCUAAGGUGCAGGACCAGCUAAAGGGUGGCAAGCGUACCCAUAAGCAGCCCCGCAAUGUACGCAAGUCGACCAGAGCGCCAUGUUCUCUGCCGAAAGCGCACACGGGCCCCUCGAUAUACGACCGCCAGCAGCGACCCAUCAAGGAAAUGACCUCCGCACUCCCUCUGUACAGGCUCUCCGGGCGCACCGAGUCCUCGAGCGGCCUAAGCGAGCAGGAGCUCCACGACUGGAUGGAGAGGGCCCGCGGCCAGGCGUCUGCGCCGCCCGACUCUACGGCAGACGAUCGUCUACUGGCCGAAUACCAGAAGGAGCGGGCGCGCGAUCCUGACAACGCUCUCCGGCUGCGCAAUGUGUAUGACCUCGGCGGAGUAAUCACGGGCCCUCGAGGGAGCGAUCGUUCGAGGUAUUCGAGCAACGACUGGGCGAUGCACGUCUUCAAUACCUGUCUGUGGACCCACAAACCGCCGCCUAACUACGGCCUUGACUCGAAGCGUCCCUGGCUAUAG